UCCACCAGCCUUAUAAGGCCUAAUUGCCAGCUGCAGUACAGUACUGUUGGACUUGGUGACAGAAGAGCUUCCAGACAGCUCCUUUAUGAUUAGCAUAAAAUGGCAGACCAGAGACAGCGUUCACUUUCUACCUCUGGAGAAUCAUUGUACCAUGUUCUUGGGUUGGACAAGAAUGCAACCUCAGAUGAUAUAAAAAAAUCAUAUAGGAAGCUUGCAUUGAAAUAUCAUCCUGACAAGAAUCCAGAUAACCCAGAAGCUGCAGACAAGUUUAAAGAGAUCAACAACGCACAUGCAAUAUUAACUGACGCCACGAAACGAAAUAUAUAUGACAAGUAUGGCUCUUUGGGCCUUUAUGUAGCUGAGCAGUUUGGUGAGGAGAACGUGAAUACCUAUUUUGUGCUAUCCAGCUGGUGGGCAAAGGCCCUGUUUUUAUUUUGUGGGAUCAUUACCGCGUGCUACUGUUGCUGCUGUCUGUGCUGCUGCUUUAACUGCUGCUGUGGAAAGUGUAAACCUAAACCUCCUGAAGGUGAUGACCAAGAAUACUAUGUCUCCCCAGAGGACUUGGAGGCACAGUUACAGUCUGAUGAGAGGGAGGCUACAGACACACCUAUUGUGAUACAACCAGCAUCAGCCACAGAGACCACCCAGCUCACAACUGACUCCCACCCCAGCUACCAUACUGAUGGAUUUAACUAAGUUAAGAAAACACUGUAAUUAGAAUGGAUAAAUCAGUACCUGGCCAAUCAACAUUAGAAUCAUGAACAGUAGAAAUAGAGAUCGGGGAGGGAACAACUCCUGCCACAGGGAAAGGGCAGACACUGACCUGCCAAGAAUAUUUUGUAAUCCCUUCCGCCUUUUCUGUCACCUUCAGUGUCGUAUCUCGAUGAUACAUGAAGUGCUGUAGCAUGCAGUAUUUAAAGCAGUUUAGCUACGGUCUUCCUUUAUUCUUUUUUUUUUUUUAAUCGCAUGUAUGGGGUUAUGUUUUAUGUAUGUCUGUGUUGUAAAUGUAUCGAGGAGUUACUGAAUUAAGUGAGUAAUGGAAGCAAUCUGCAUUCUAAGCAGUGGUACCAGCCUAAAUAUAUUUUUCAACCUACAAGUUUAAUUGAGAAUUGCUCUGAAGCCAUUUUUGCUUCCAUACAACUUAGCUCUGAGAACCUUUGAAAAAUAAGAAGGGGAUUUCACGGUUCUCAACCAAAAGUACUUGUUCACAUUCCCUGUACCUGUGUUAAAACCAAUGUAUGACUUAGGUCAAAAUGGAAGGAUGUUUCCAGAGAGGAAUUUUAUCCUUACCAGUUUUUGACCUUCAUACACUGGCUUACUCUUUGACACUUCCCUUUUUUCUUAAGCCCCAGAAAUGAUGAACAGCUCCUUGCCCAGAGUCAGAAUACCUGUGUUUUGGUUCCAACUCCCCUACUCCUCUAUAUGACCUUGGGCAAGUCACUAAACCUCUCUGAGCCCUAGUUUGCUUAUCAGUAAAAUAAGGAGGUUAAAUUACGUGACCUCUGAUAUCCCUUCCAGAUUCUGUGAUUAUGAACGAAUUUGGAAAUACAAAAAUGACUCUUCAGAACACAUAAUCCCUGUGUUUAUGUGGUAUAUAGUUUGUACCUGAUCUCUUCAGCCUUGUUUACGUACAUCAUUCUGGGUUUUUUUCCUCCUCAGGUAAAUUUAUUGUGGAAAUGAAAAAGAUUUCCUUUUUUGUAUUGAAACCAAAUCACGUUUGCACAGGGUUUAAAAAUGGUUUUCUGUAUCUAAAAUUUACUUUAAGGUUCUUCUGUUAUCCCAGCAAUUACUCUACAAUGUAAUCAUUGUUGUGUUUUUCUUGCUUUUAUUUGCAUUUAACAGAUUCCAUUCUAAGAAAGAUUCAGGGUGUUUGGGUUGCAAUGAUUGUUUCUCCUUACCCCCCACCACGGUAGGGAUUGUGAGGAUAGGACAGGGCAAGAGAGUAAAGAGUCAGAAUAGCUGUCAUCUUCCAAGCAGGUACCCUGGAGUUAGAUGGACACUGUAUUCAUUACCUUGCAUUCUUUUACUCUGUUCAAUUUUGUUCUCCCCUGCCCCCCCCUUUCUUGCUUCUUGUUUGACAUUCCUCCAGUCAUCAUUCCCAUUGGAGAUCGUCUUCAGCACUUAAUUUAAAGUAACAAAGUCUUUCCCUGGUUUAGAUUCUAGGGUUGAAGGCAAGCAGAGUUUUUUCCAAAAGGCUUGAUAUAGGGGCCUGCUUCAAAGACAUUGUAAAUUGUAAUGUUGGUAAAUAAUCACCUGGAAAGUUACCCUAGCCUAACUUUGCCUCUCUUCAAAUGACUUUAGAUUUCUAAAGGAACUAGUUGGUAGGGCUGCCAAGUCAAUCCAAAUUUUUCUUCAAAGCUCUUUGGUCAAGAAUAGCAAUAGACAAAUUGUAGUAUCUCAGAUAAGUUGUAAUAGAGCUCUUUACUAAGCCCCACCACACACACCUUUAUCCUUUCCUUUGUUCCUCUUGUUUUCAUUCUGUUUCUCUUUCUCUCUUAUGGUUUGCCUUGCCAUAAUCACCGAUGAGUAUCUGUGAAGGUAUCAUGUCAUUGCCUCCAUUUUGAAACUUUAGGCAGAGUUCAUAGGUUAAAGAAAAGCCUGUUUAGUGGCCCUUGUCAGCUAAAAACAAGACUGAUAGAAUUAGGAAUAGACUACAUUUGUUUCUACUUUGGUCUAAGAAUUGGGUGUCCAACAAACAAAAUCAUAAAUUCCUCUUCUCAGCUCCUGUUUCUUAACUGUUUGGCCCUGAUGCUUCAUUAACAAAAAACUUCAUAUGAUGAAUAAUACUCUGUAAUUAUUGGUCUUGAUUAUUACAUUUUCAUAUGGACUUUCUUUUAUGUAGGGAGUAGAUUUCCCAUCCUUACUUCUUAUUAGACAUUUUAAUUGAUACCAUUUGCAGGAAGUAUCUAAGGACUCUGUGUGAAGUGAUUAUAAUAGAUUUCCUUAGUUACAUGCCUGGUAUGUGCUAGGUUAGAGAGCCGUGGGCUACUUUUCUCCCCAGGAGCUUGAUUUAAAACAACCUAUUGUAGUGACUGCCUUUGUUGAAUCUGUGAAGCCUCUUUACAUUUUAGGGGGCAUUUUUUUGUUUCUUGGUUUUUGUGGGGUUUUUUUGUUUUUUUUUUAAAAACAAUGUCCCUAAUGGUUAAAGCUGAAAAUUUCUUCAAUGUUAAUCAGAAUUUGGAAGCAGGGUGAACCUAGCUUUUUUUUUUCCUCAGUAGGACUUGCCAAAAAUGAACUCUUUAGACAACUUAUUUUACCCAUGAGCCUGCUGGACCUCUUGGCAGAUCUGAGGAAUCAUAUGAUAAACUUUAUACAUCGCAUGAUGGUAAUGACUGUCACAACACUAUCAGAGAGAGAAUUCUGAUCUAGACAUUUUUUCCCCAUCAUGCUUAGCCCCAUAUUUCUCUGUAAACUGUCCUCCUUCCUUAUUUGGAGACAGGCCUAAUAAAAAACUCCAACCUUGCAUUUAAAAGCAGCAAUAGCUGGUGAGAGGCACAGACUUUCUUCUGAGCGUGUAUAAGCCUGACUGUAUUUGGAACUGGUUUGCAGAGCAUGGUUGUUGGCUAUUAAUAACUCCACUGACAUGUUACUCCCUGAGGGAAGCGAUUGAAAGUAGCAGGAGAAAUGUAUGACAUCUAGCUUUGUGACCAGUAGGAAAGUCAUAGAUAAUUCCAUUGACAAGGAAAGAGGGAUAAUGUUCGAAUGAACUAUGCUGUAAUCAUGAAUUACAUUCACCUUUUUUCAGGCCCUAAACCUCUGUUACAGAAGGUGGAAAGUCCAUUUUGAUAGCUUCAUAUUUCAUGCACUCUGAAAAUAAAAGAGCAUGAUGGAACAGCAAAGUGAUCUGUGCCAUUAAAAAUAAUAAUUCAGCUUGAAAUCCAAGUUGGUAACAAGUGUGUGGUUUUAAAUUUGUGUUUUCAAAAAAAACACUUUCGAAAUGAUUUUUUUCCAGAGCUGGCAAAAACAAAGUUCAAAACUUUUAAAUCAACUCUCGUAGUAGGAAACUGCCUAGUUUUAAGUGAUGAUGGUGAUAGCACUACAAAGGAAGUGGAUUUCUUUGAGCCCAGGGAUUGGCAGUAAUGAGGAGAAAGCAUUUUUCAUUUAUUUUGUUUAAAAAUAUUACUAACAAUUUGGAAGAUGAUACAGAGUGGCUUCCUCCUUCUCCUCCCAAGUCUUUCUGCCUGUUGGAUAAAACUGAACUAUUGUGGUUCAUAUUAAGGAGACUUAUCUGGUAACCUGUGUUUCUAGGUCCAUGUUUGACAUGAUCUUUAUGGGUCUUAUAAAAAUGGAUUUAGUAAACUAAUGUCAUCCUUUUAAAAAUGUUAUUGGUAUCUUUUGUUUUUAUGUUUUCAUUUCUAAACGUCUUCUUCUCUCCCUUCCCCAGAGAGCCAGCCUUUGUAACAACAACAACAAAAUAUAUAUAUAUGUGUAUUUUUUUUCUUAAUAGCCCUAAGAAGGCUGUAGAAGACUCAAAAAGCCUGUUAUCUAUAUGUGUCAAAGUGAGUAGUUUGCCAGGUUUUUGUUCAGGUUAUGUGAAUAUUGCUUAAAAAUGUAAAGCUUUUCCCAGGGUUGGAGGCAUGUCUGAAGAAAUUUCUGGCCAAAUUUUUUUUCCUUGCAAAGGAUUUUAAGGAAACAAUGGCUUCUAUGCUUCAACAUUGUGUGCCAAGAUUCUCCCAGCAUCCCUGAGCUCAGAACCAUCACAAAUGGACUGAUGUUCUGGGAUGGAGCCUGGGACAUUAAAUGGGGAGGAUCCUAUUAGGCGUGCUGUAUACUUGCUUCGAAAUUCUGAAACUUUGACAGAAGUAGAAGCCAGCUCUUUUUGUGUGUAUCUCUCUAGCAUUACUUUUGAGUUCUCACUUCUCUAAAAAGUUUCUUUCCUAGUCACAGUUACUUAGGUGCUUCCUGAGGCAUGAGUGUAUCUUUUUGAAAUUUUAAAAACUAGAUCUUCCCAUUAUCCCCUUAUGGUAAAAGUCAACAGGGAUGAAGUCAGAUCUGAGAAAAUGCAAAAUUGACCAUUUUCUCUCUCUCUCUCUCUCUCUCUCUCUCUCUCUCUCUCUCUCUCUCUCUCUCUGUCUCUCUCUGUCUC